GGUCCCAACCGUGGAUCAUUUAUGUGGGGAUCGUCUACCCGAAACUCGAGGAUUGAACGCGUGUGGGUCGAAGUUGGAACUCAAUUUGACUUCCAGUGCGAAUGGAACCUUCAUCCAAUUAGCGGGCCAACGACCAAUAAUAAAAGUCCACAGGAUUUACGGCUUAUCAGUAAUGUCACGCUAGGAGAAUACUACGACGAAUAUGAGGGGAUCCAUCCCCUCACUAUUGAGCGAUAUUAUGGCGUUCACGGCCAUGUACGGGUUCGGCGGAAUGGCCAAACGGGUGCGGGCCAUUGCCCCGACGAGGAGCCAGAGGCCGAUGACGAAGAAAUUGCCACAAACGAACAUAAUGGUAUUCUGAGAAGGGUUGGAGCUGACCUCCAGGAGCAAGUGCGCCAUGAAGCAGUGGAAGUUCCUGGCAAAGGAUCACCUUUCGCAUGUGUCAAAGACGAGGCAGAAUUUUGGUCAGUGCUUGACCGCGUUGUCAUUGAAGAUAUCACACCAGCAGGGUAUGGA